ACAACCCCACGUGUAUGAGAACAUGCGAAGAACAAGUGGAAGAACGUGAUGAACAGGUUGUGAAGGUGCGAAGAACAGGUAGUGAAUGCGAGAACAGCCCACUGUUGCUGGCGCAUCAACAGGAACCAGCCCAGCCCAGCCGCCUUGAGACCAGACCAGCCCAGCCGCCCUUGAGACCAACCCCGGCAGCCGCCCAUGAGACCAGACCAGCCCAGCUGCCGCCCUUGAGACCAGACCAGCCCAGCCGCCCAGACCAGACCAGCCCAGCCGCCCUUGAGACCAGCCCAGCCCAGCCGCCCUUGAGAGACCAGACCAGCCCAGCCGCCCUUGGGAACCAGCCCAGCCCAGCCGCCCUUGAGACCAGCCAGCCCAGCCGCCCUUGA